UUGCCUUGCAUGGUUGUACCGAGAGCUAUGCAGGGCAAGCCAUAAGGAAACCAGUCAAAUCGGUGGAUGCUUACUGUUGGUGCAGUAUUGGGUAUGGGCCAGGUUCCCUUAUUUGUGCCCGGCAAUUGAGCGUGGCCCACCAAUAGGCGCUUAUGGUCCUCCAGCGCGUGGUCCUCUGUACCUGAAGUGGGCGUGGGUCCCAAACAAGAAAAACAGGCCUGCCCACAUCUUCAGGGAUAGGUAUCGCCAGCAAAUAGCUUCAAUGCUGCCAAGCCAGGUGGUGUGGCAGCCGUAUGAAGCCGAUUUUGAGGACCUUCCGCCAUGGUGCGUUGCAGGGAGGGCUGUGUGGACGGCAACGGUGCCGCUUGUAUGUUUCCACCUAGUAGAGAUACAUACACCGGAUCGUGUCGUUCGUCAAUUUGGGAUGAUCCAAGAAAUUCCCGAAGAUGUUAACACUGACCCCGUGCUUCAUGCCAUUGAUUUGAGGGGGAAGGUGGGCGUUGAUUGGAUGCGGAAACAUGCUCAGCAUUUACUAAAUUAGGGUAACCGCCUUCAACGGUGUUGUCAAGCAGUGCUUGGUGAUAUGCCUCCACAGCAUGAGUACUUCGACUGGUUCAAAAGGGUGACUCGGAGGUUCAUUGAUGUUCCUGGUGCUACAUUGACUAUACUGAUUGAAGGAUACCUUCGUUUGUUGAGCCGUCACCCGGUGGGCACGGAGGACCACCACGAUAUUAUAGAUGUGCUGACUGCAGUACAGGCGAUUGGCCGUGUACGACCUCGGGACCCUGAGGUCCCGAAUGAGGAGGCAGCUACUCCUGCCGCAGCAGCUACUCCUGCUGCAGCAGCUACUCAGAGGCCAAGCACUACUGAGAGCCCAAGCACGAGCAUAGCUCCCACUAGACGUCUGCGUGUUCAUACCCCUCAAGUUGUCCCUACCUCUGAUCCCCCUCCACCCACCCCACAUCCAUCCCUUAGCCCCACAAUCCCUUCACCCACCCUACAUCCAUCUCGUAGUCCCACCAUCCCCCCAUUGACUCCACAUCCUUGUGUUGGGCCUGACAUUCGUCCACCCACCCCACGGUCAUUUCCCGAUGUGUCACCCAUUCCAUCCUUUGACUUGGGUAUUCAUCUAACCCCACCUGACAUACAGCAGGAGCCACCCUCUGGCAGUAUGUCUACUGGCCCUUCAUCAGCCAUCACCCCACCCCAUGUUCAUGUUGAGGAAGCUGGUGGGUUACCUGUUCAACAAGAAGGUCGGCCGAAACGCAUAUCAAAGGCAUCUCCUUGUGGGACAGGAGGGCACAAACAUGGACACAACGCUGGGCCUGAGGCAUCUGACGAAGGACAUGCAAGACCUCCUCCUUAUUAUACGAGACGGCAUAAGGUCCAAAAAAGAUGAUGAUGCUAUGAAAAGGCCGGAAGCACCAAAAUUCAAGUUCAGCACAAUAAAAGUAGCAACAAAUAACCUUUCCAAUGCCA